UGUCUCUAACAACAUUCUAGAAAAAUAUUCAAAAUACCAUUUCUUUUCUUUUAUAUUUUUUUUCGUGGAUUUUAUUUAAUCAUCCCUUCCUUCGCAACAAAAAAAAAAUGCAAAGAGAACAUACGAGUCCCGGUAGAGAAGUAAAGUGCCAUAAAAAACGACAAGACGUAUCACGCUUCGCAUAUGGAAUCUGUUUCAAUUUUUUUCUUUAUUUCGUGCCAUUGUGAAGCUUGAAUUUUCUAUUUCGUUUUCUCCUUGCAGACAAAAGAUUAAUUAAGAUUGUUAUUAUUAAUACCAAUGCCAUCCUCACAUCGAAGCUUACGCCUUCGACGAGUGAGAGCAUUUUGGUCCUUAAAACAAACUCUGUAGAAACUUGGAGUUAGAGAACAUCGAUCGAAGCCCUAGGUGAUAGAAAGAGACGCGUUUUGAAUCUGCGAAAUUCCAAUGGCGUUUUGGUGGCCAUUGCUCGUUUUAGCAUGCGCUUAUGGAAUCUGUAGGUUCCUUCUCAUGCUUAUUCCUCCAAAGGUUCCUUCCAUCGACGUUGACACUUCCGACGUGUUGGACGAUGGAAACCAAGCGCAGGAGAAUAGCUUCAUAUACGUACCUCCGAGAGGAACAUCGCAGCAAUCAGGCGGCAAGAUAGUUCAGUGCUAUGAGCCUGCAACUAUGAAAUAUUUAGGAUAUAUUCCUGCAUUGACGCCUGAAGAGGUCAAGGAACGAGUGGUAAAAGUAAGGAAAGCACAAAAAAUGUGGGCAAAGUCUAGCUUCAAGCAAAGACGCUUGUUUUUGCGUAUACUUUUGAAGUAUAUAAUUAAACAUCAAGCACUUAUAUGCGAAAUAUCUUCGCGUGAUACUGGAAAGACUAUGGUAGAUGCCUCUUUAGGAGAAAUAAUGACUACAUGUGAGAAGAUCAAUUGGCUACUGUCAGAGGGUGAGCAGUGGUUAAAGCCUGAAUACCGGUCUUCUGGAAGAUCAAUGCUUCAUAAGAGAGCCAAAGUAGAAUUUCACCCCCUUGGUGUUAUUGGAGCCAUUGUUUCAUGGAAUUAUCCUUUCCACAAUAUUUUUAAUCCUAUGCUGGCUGCAAUUUUUUCUGGAAAUGGUAUUGUGAUUAAGAUUUCAGAGCAUGCAAGUUGGUCUGGAUGCUUUUACUUCCGGAUCAUCCAAUCAGCCCUUGCUGCUAUAGGAGCUCCAGAGGACCUUGUUGAGGUGAUAACAGGGUUUGCUGAAACGGGUGAAGCAUUAGUAUCUUCUGUUGAUAAAGUCAUAUUUGUCGGAUCACCUGGUGUUGGUAAGAUGAUAAUGAAAAAUGCUGCUGACACACUUAUACCAGUGACGCUGGAGCUUGGUGGGAAAGAUGUAUUUAUUGUUUGUGAAGAUGUAGAUUUGGACCAUGUUGCACAAAUUGCUGUCAGGGCUGUUCUUCAGUCAAGUGGACAGAACUGUGCUGGAGCUGAGCGAUUUUAUGUCCACAGGGAAAUUUAUUCUUCUUUUGUCAGUAAAGUUACCAAAAUCAUCAAGUCUGUUACAGCUGGCCCACCACUUGUUGGAAAGUAUGAUAUGGGAGCUUUAUGCAUGCAUGAGCAUUCUGAAAAGCUCCAAGGCCUUGUAAAUGAUGCUUUAGACAAAGGAGCUGAAAUUGUUGCCCGUGGAAGUCUUGGACAUAUAGGUGAAGAUGCAGUUGAUCAAUUUUUCCCCCCUACUGUGAUUGUGAAUGUGAAUCACACAAUGAGACUGAUGCAAGAAGAGGCAUUUGGACCAAUCAUGCCGAUAAUGAAAUUCAGCUCCGAUGAGGAGGUUGUCAGGCUUGCAAAUGAUUCAAAAUAUGGUCUCGGCUGUGCUGUAUUUUCAGGCAGUCAGAGUCGUGCCAGAGAGAUAGCUUCACAGAUACAUGUUGGGGUAGCUGCAGUUAAUGAUUUUGCAGCAACAUACAUGUGUCAGUCCCUGCCAUUCGGGGGUGUAAAACAUAGCGGAUUUGGACGAUUUGGUGGUAUAGAAGGUUUGCGAGCUUGUUGUCUUGUUAAAGCAGUUGUUGAAGAUCGAUGGUGGCCAUUUGUCAAAACAAAGAUACCUAAGCCUAUUCAGUAUCCCGUUGCGGAGAAUGGGUUCGAAUUUCAGGAGUCACUUGUUGAAGCGCUUUAUGGUCUCGGCAUAUGGGACCGGUUGCGAGCAUUAGUAAACGUUUUAAAAAUGCUUACUGAGCAGAAUCCUAGCGGCAGCAGCAGCAGCACUAAGAGAAGAAUCGACUAAUUGUCAGGUUGGGUAACAUGCUAAAUGGUUAUUGUUGUCUACUUCAAUUUAUUGGGGGCUUUUGCAUUUGCUUGACAUUUAUCUCUAACUGCAAUUUUUGUAAAUGUGCCCCGUGCCCUGUCAUUUUAGUCGAGCUUUGGUAUCAAGUUUAAUAUCAUUUUUAACUA